UCCACUCGAAUCCCAGACGGCCAUACCUUUAAACCCAUCAAAACAUGCAUCAUUCGCCCAAAAAAUGCUUUCUCUUAUGCACGAUGUAAGUGGGUUUUACACAAAGCAGAUAACAACCGAAGCAAAAGGGGCCAUCGGCAACUGCUAUUUCAUUCGAUAGCUACAAUUUCAGACUCCAUUGAAAUGGGCAACAAACAAGGGUUUUUAGAGAACAUAGAAAGGGAGAGACUGAUUUCACCGUCGUUAGAAGAAAGAGAUUCUGUAUAUGGUGAUGUCGAUGAUCAUCAUAAGGUUUGUGGGUGCAGUUGUUUUGGUUCAAUCGUGAAGAAAUUUAAGGGUUUAUGGAACAAUUUGCGAUGGGUGGUGAUUAGGGCUUCGGAGAUGGGUCGGUCUGAUCCACGAAAAGUUGUGUUUUCUGCGAAAUUGGGGUUGGCUUUGUCUUUGAUUUCGUUGUUGAUAUUCUGGAAAGAGCCUCUUCCUGAUAUCAGUGAACACUCUGUUUGGGCUAUACUUACAGUUGUGGUUGUCUUUGAAUUCAGUAUCGGUGCAACCUUUAGCAAAGGGUUUAACCGUGGAGUGGGGACUUUGUCAGCCGGUGGACUUGCUCUUGCCAUGGCUGAGUUGGCUCAUUAUUGUGAACGAUUCGGUGAAGUAUGUGAUGAAGUUGUUAUUGUAAUCAGCAUAUUUACCAUAGGAUCACUUGCAACUUUCGCAAAACUUUACCCCACAAUGAAGGCUUACGAAUAUGGAUUCAGAGUGUUCACGUUGACCUAUUGCUACAUAAUGGCAUCUGGGUAUCGCUCAAAUGAGUUCAUACAUAUGGCCGUUAGUCGUUUUUUGCUAAUUGCACUCGGUGCUGGUGUCGGAUUGCUUGUGAAUAUCGGCAUCUAUCCCAUCUGGGCUGGUGAAGAUUUGCAUAAUUUGGUGGUUAAGAAUUUCAUUGGUGUUGCCAACUCCCUUGAAGGUUGUAUUAAUCAAUAUCUGAAUUGUGUUGAAUAUAAAAGGAUCCCUUCGAAAAUCCUCACUUACCAAGCUCAUGAGGAUCGGCUUUAUAGCGGCUACAGAUCAGCUGUGGAAUCUACAACUCAAGAGGACACUUUGAUGGGCUUUGCUAUCUGGGAGCCACCCCAUGGUGCUUACAAGAUCUACAAGUACCCUUGGAGAAACUUCGUCAAAGUGAGCGGUGCACUACGGCAUUGCUCGUUUAUGGUCAUGGCGUUGCAUGGGUGCGUACUCUCGGAAAUACAGGCCCCUGCCGAUCGGAGACUGGUUUUCCAAGAAGAACUUCAAAGGGUAGGCACGGCCGGUGCUAAAGUGCUACGUGUACUCGGAAACAAAGUCAAGAAAAUGGAGAAACUCGGCUCGAUGAAUAUACUCGAUGAAGUCCUUAAAGCAGCUGAAGACUUGCAAAGGAAAGUUGACCGCAAAUCCUACCUUCUAGUAGAUUCAAACAGUUGGGAGAUCAGAAAACCACCAGUCGAGUUUAACGAUCCCCAAGACUUUUUAAAGAUGGAUGGCCCGCGUGAAUACCACGGGUUUCAUUCCCAUAGUGAAGCAUUACUGGAUCUUGGAACGUCAAGGAGUCCUGAAAGCACGAAUAUGCCCUGGGAGGGGACGAACGGUAACAAGUUCAAGUCGUUAACUCGGCAAUUCUCGUAUAAGCCCGAAAGAAUGGUCAUACAAGAUGAAGCUGACACGUAUAAGAGCGCGAGCGUGUUGUCGCUCGUGACGUUUACGUCGCUUUUGAUCGAGUUUGUUGCAAGGCUCGGGAAUUUGGUCGUGGCGUUUGAGGAACUGAGCGAAAAGGCGAAAUUUAAGGCUCCGCUGCCCGAGGGAAAGAUCGAAGAUGAUAUUUGCGGGAUUUGGGGCCGUUUAUGGAAGUUUUUUAAGCCUAGAAACAGAAAUGAGAACUUGUUAGUUUAGAAAACUAACUUUAUGUAUUGUAGAUCAUAUUUCCAAAUGUUUUGAUGGAAAAAGGUUUCAGUUUAAC